AUGGAAUCUCUUCAACAUCCAGAUUUAUUACUCUGCAUUUUCAAGAAUUUCAAUCACAUUGAGUUGUGUCAUUGUAUUUCACGAGUGAAUCGUUUGUGGUAUCAAAUCUCGAUUCGGAAUGAAUUGUGGAGAUUUUUAUGUUUUCAUGUCUAUUCCAAACAUCAUGGCAAUUUUAAAACAUUGCAACAAGAUUCACAAGAUGAAGAGGAUGAUCCUUGUUCGGAAGAAGGAGAAGUAUUGAAAAAAGUGAAUUUGAAAUCUAAUCCAGAUGAAUUUCUCAAUCGGAAUAUCGUGCAAUUAGAAUUAGAGAAUUUAUAUUACAAGAACAAGUUCUUUGAGAAGGCUUAUACCAACAAGUUGGUGGUAUUGAGAUAUCCGAAAGAGGAUCUCAAAUAUUAUUCUCAUUUCUGGCAUCCACCACAAGCGAACGAAUUGAAAUUUACGAAUGAUGUGAAACAUUUAUUGAAAUAUGUUCCGAUCAAUCGGAAGAAGCAAAAGAAUGUAUCUUCCAAGAGUAGUGGUAGUGGAGGAAAGAAGCUGCAAAAGAAGGUUAAAUUUGAAUUGUUUGAAAAUCCGAGCAAGGAGGAGCUGUUGGAACUUUUGGAAUUUCCUGGAUUGAUCACUUGUAGCGAGAUGAAUCGUGUUCAUUGUGUUUUAAAUUGUUGUACAACAACAAAGGAAAAGAACGCAAAACGUUAUACCUAUGAUAUCGUUAAAAAGUACGUUGUAAAGAGGUCUUGUCCUACCCUCCCAAUGGAACAACGGUGGGAAUCUGUGAUGAAUGAACACUUUUCAUCAUUCAACUACUCCUCAAUGAUCAAGAUGCUGCAAUGA